UUUUAAGUUGGCCUGGAAAAGGAAGAGUCCAAAUUAUAUUUACGUAUUUUCGAAAACAAAAGAAAAGAAAACUUACACACACUGAAGCACAAACACAGCACACAGUAAAAUAAUAAAUAAACAACAAAUAUCAUAUCUUGCAGAGAAAGCUAGAUAAUAGACAAGACGCCAAGAUGAAUCGCAUCGAUACUACCAUGGAUGACAUGGCCAAUACAAAAUUUCUGACGCUCUACAGUAGUUUGAUCAAACAGUUUUCGGCCUCCACGGAGUUUACCCACACUGAAGUUGUCUGCCUUCUUAUUAUCUACUACAAAUUCGUGCAGAUCAAUGGGCCGACUGCCAAGCAGAUGAAAAAGAAGCAAAUGUACAAUCUAUUUCUGGUGCUCUUUCGCAUCUACGAUAUGACCCUUAUAGAACGUAUACUGCUAAAUAUCACCGCCGAUGUUAUCUACAUCGGCCCGGAGGCCUGGAUGAAGUUAUUCUCAGUGUUCCUGAGCAAAAACUUGGAGACACGCAUGCAGUUUGCAUAUAAGGUGUAUACAACCUCUUCGUCUGGCGUCCUGAAUCGCGAAACUGUUGGCAUGGCCAUCAACAAUUUCUUUGUAGGUGAAGAUGACGAUGAGGUCAAAGAGUUGCAAGCGGAUAUGACCGAGUUUAUAUUCAAUAAAUUUGAUUUGGACAAGGAUGGCGUCAUUUCAUAUGAGGAAUAUUAUGAGAUUGUAAGUAAUCAGCCGGUACUGUUGGAAUUUCUGGGACAGAUAUUUCCCGAUUUAUCCGACCUAACCACAAUUGCAUAUUGCACAAAUAUUGCAACGCUCUUUCCUGGCGAAGAUUAACUUUGAUUGAUUUUGUCCUACAAUUUUAAUGAAUUUUCAUUUAUAUAUACAUAUGCGUGGGCUUUUUGGAUAUAAAAAUAGUCAAAGUUAGGAUGGAAUUUCGCUGAGUUCUAAGAACUCAUGUAGAUUUGUUGGGUAUUAUAUAUAAAUCAGGCAAUGUUGUCUGCUGAGUAAUGAUUAACAAUUUUAAUUUUCGAAUACUGUAUAAAUUAAUAAUGAAAUAUUGUCCAAUAAAGUAACAAGCG